AUGGCAGGAGAUCAACUAAACGUGCUAAACGCACUCGACGUCGCCAAAACGCAAUGGUACCAUUUCACGGCGAUUAUCAUCGCCGGAAUGGGAUUUUUCACCGACGCUUACGACCUUUUCUGUAUCUCCCUCGUCACUAAACUCCUCGGCCGCAUCUACUACCACGUGGACGGCGCGGAGAAGCCAGGAACGCUGCCUCCAAACGUCUCAGCCGCGGUUAACGGAGUCGCGUUUUGCGGCACACUCGCGGGACAGCUUUUCUUCGGCUGGCUCGGUGACAAACUCGGGAGGAAAAAAGUUUACGGCAUGACCCUCAUGGUCAUGGUCCUUACCUCCAUCGCCUCGGGUCUUUCCUUUGGGAGAGACCCCAAAACGGUAAUGACCACGCUUUGUUUCUUCCGGUUCUGGCUAGGUUUCGGCAUCGGUGGUGACUAUCCACUAUCCGCCACGAUCAUGUCCGAAUACGCCAAUAAAAAGACACGUGGCGCGUUUAUAGCAGCGGUUUUUGCGAUGCAAGGGUUCGGAAUCUUGACCGGAGGGAUUUUCGCGAUCAUCGUGUCAGCGGCUUUCGAUGCUAAGUUUCCGUCUCCGUCCUACAAAGUAGAUGCCUUGGCGUCCACGAUUCCUCAGGCGGAUUACGUGUGGCGGAUCAUUCUUAUGGUCGGUGCUUUGCCUGCAGCGAUGACGUAUUACUCGAGGUCGAAGAUGCCUGAGACCGCCCGGUACACGGCUCUUGUGGCCAAGGACGCGAAGCUAGCGGCUGCCAACAUGUCAAAGGUUUUGCAAGUGGAGAUCGAAGCAGAGCAUCAGAAAGUUGAAGAUAAGUCAAAUUCCUUUGGCUUGUUCUCCAAGGAAUUCAUGAAACGUCAUGGUCUUCAUUUGCUCGGAACUACAAGCACAUGGUUUUUACUUGACAUCGCCUUCUACAGUCAGAACCUUUUCCAGAAAGAUAUCUUCAGCGCCAUCGGAUGGAUUCCUCCGGCACAGUCCAUGAACGCUAUUCAAGAGGUUUUCAAGAUUGCACGUGCGCAAACCCUAAUCGCCUUGUGCAGUACGGUACCUGGUUACUGGUUCACAGUCGCACUCAUCGACGUCAUUGGUAGAUUUGCGAUACAAAUGAUGGGUUUCUUCUUCAUGACGGUGUUUAUGUUUGCUCUCGCUAUUCCUUACGACCACUGGACUCACAAGGAAAACAGAAUCGGGUUCGUGGUUAUGUACUCUUUAACAUUCUUCUUCGCAAACUUUGGACCCAACGCAACAACUUUCGUGGUGCCAGCUGAGAUCUUCCCGGCUAGGUUUAGAUCAACCUGCCAUGGAAUCUCCGCGGCUUCUGGGAAAUUAGGAGCGAUGGUUGGUGCGUUUGGGUUCUUGUACUUGGCACAAAGUCCUGACCCGACCAAGACAGAACAUGGAUAUGGUCCAGGCAUUGGUGUCAAGAACUCGCUCAUUGUUUUGGGUGUGGUUAAUCUUUUGGGGAUGGUGUUUACAUUGUUGGUUCCUGAAUCUAAAGGGAAGUCUCUCGAGGAAAUGUCCGGUGAGAACGAGAACAAUGAUGAAGCCAGUAGCAGCAACAACAACAACCAAAACAGCUCGGUAUCAGCCGCAUAG